AUGGCAACCGAUGAAUUAGAUGAAGCAUCUAUCAGUUUGGCAACUACUAUGGCACUUUUACCAUCUUUCAACGAGAAUAAUAUCAAGAACUGGUUCUUGCAACUUGAGGCGAUUUUCUUUGUACGAAAGAUUACGUCCCAGAAGUUCAAAUUUGCACAUCUAGUAUCGGCAUUACAUCCUUCUAUCGUCGAUGAGGUAGCGGACAUUUUGGAGGCCGUCGCAGAGCCCGAUCUUUAUUCCAACCUUAAAGAGGCAAUUCUCAAACCUACUGGCCGCUGUGAUGAGGAUUCUUUCCCCCCUCUUUGUCUUUCGUUCAUUUCCCCCUCCUUUGUUUUCCGUUUAUUUCCCCCUCCCUUUCUUUUCGUUCUUUUUACUCUCCCCUUUUCCCACCCCGUAUUUCAUUUAUUUCCCUCUCUCCCCACUGUGUCUUUCGUUAGUUUCCCCCUCUUUCUCCUUCUCUGUCAUUCAUUUAUUUCUAUCCUUUUUUGUCUCUCAUUGGGAUCGGCAUCCUCUCUCCCUAUUCCCUUUCUCUCUCCCUAUUCAUUUUCUCUCUCUCUCUCUCUCUCUUUCUAUUUUCUUUCUCCCUCUCUAUUCCCUUUCUCUCUCACUAUUCACUUUCUCUCUCUCUCUCUAUUCACUUUCUCUCUCUCCCUAUUCACUUUCUCUCUCUCUAUUCACUUUCUCUGUCCCUAUUCCCUUUCUCUCUCUCUAUUCCCUUUCUCUCUCCUUAUUCACUUUCUCUCUCUCUCUCUCUCUUUUCUCUUUCUCUCUUUUUUCUAUUCUCUUUCUUUUUUCAUUUCUCUCUCUCUAUUCACUUUCUCUCUCCCUAUUCCCUUUCUCUCUAUUUACUUUCUCUCUCCCUAUUCACUUUCUCUCUCUCUCUAUCUCUCUAUUCACUUUCUCUCUCUCUAUUACCUUUCUCUACCCUGCUUGAUCGAGUUCUUCCCAUUCUCUUUCUCUCUCACCGCUCUUUUUCUUUCUUCCUUUCUCUCUCUCUCUCUCUUCUCCUCUUCUUACUCUAAGCUCUUCACUAUCUCUCUUUCUCUCUCUUUCACCUAUUUUUCCCUCUUCUGUCUGCUCUUUCCCCUUUUUUUAAACACUUCUCACCUUAAAGCUCUCCUUUCCCUCGCUUUUCUCGUACAAAUCACAAAACCUCAAAUAAUUAUUAACACGGCGUUUCUUUUCUGUGACAAUUUUUUGCAACACCAUUAUUGUAAAUUUUCUUUCUUUCUCCUUUUCUUCUUUUCCUUCCUUUUCUUCAUUUCUCCUUUUCUUCCUUUCUUCCUUUUCUUCUUUUCCUUCCUUUUCUUCAUUUCUUCCGUUCUCCUUUUCUUCCUUUUCUUCUUUUCUUCCUUUUCUUCUUCUCCUUCCUUUCCUUCAUUUCUUCCUUUCCUUCCUUUUCUUCUUUUUCCUUUUUCUUCUUUUCCUUCUUUUUUUUUCCUUUCUUCCUUUUCUUCCUUUCUUCUCUUAUAUUAA